UUUUUUUAAGUGAACCUACCUUCUGCCUCGGACCCUCGGACCGCAGUCCAGUCGAGAGGUUGUUGCCUUCAGUUGUUGCUUUGCCGCGGUCUUGUCUUGUUACGAACAAUGUCGGAGUCGAUCAAAAACGUCGCGAUAUUCGGGGCGACGGGGAUGACCGGGCUGGCGACCCUACCGCAGGCGGUGUCUGCAGGGUACAAUGUAACGGUGCUGGUGCGGGACCCUGCCAAGCUGCCUGCUGACCAUAAGGCAUCAAGAGUGGUGGUGGGAGAUGUACUGAACAAAGCCGAUGUGAGGACGACCAUGGAGGGCCAGGAUGCAGUUAUCAUCAUCCUCGGCACCCGGAGCGACCUCAGCCCCACCACCAUGAUGUCCGAAGGCACCAAGAACAUCCUGGAGGCCAUGAUAGGUCGUGGGAUCAGCAAAGUGGUCGGCUGCAUGUCAGCCUUCCUGCUGUGGGAUCGCUCCAAAGUCCCGCCCCGUCUGGUUCCCGUGACAGAGGACCAUGACAGGAUGCACACGGUGCUAAAAACGUCUGGGCUGGACUACGUGGCCGUCAUGCCACCUCACAUCGCUGAUGAACUUCCUCUGACGGAGCGUUACACGGUGACCGAAAACGCGCUAAAAGGAAGAGCCAUCUCUAAACACGACCUGGGACAUUUUUUCGUCAAGUGUUUGUCCACCUCAGAGUGGAACGGCAAGACUGUUGGAGUGUGCGGAGAGUACAAAUGAUCCUGAAUGGAACUGCUGAUCCCUCCAGACGCUGAAGCGUUUACAUUUCUUCCUGUUGCCAUUCUUUAUUUCCACCAAACACAAUGAAGCGAAAAUAUACGUGUAUGCUGAGUGAUAUAUGAAGGAACAAUGUUUUUUUGUUGUUGUUGUUGUUUUUCAAAUAAACCAAAAAUGCAUUGAUGUAUUCUCUUCCGUGAUUAUGAUUCAGCAGCUUUUUAUGAAUGAAUAGAUUUUUAUCAUCUGUGGUGUAUUGGGUAUAUUUUAAAACGCGUAAACCACCACAGCUGCUUUUACUCUAUAGCUGUGUACUAACAUGUCUUGUCACAUGCAUGGUCCUCAUGUAUUCAAUGUUUUGUUUCACUUCAUUGAACAUUAUGUCAUGUGUUGCCUACUGUUGCGAUCCUCUUCUGCUUCUCUUUUUUUUUUUUUUAAAGCUUUUGAAAAUAAAAGACUUCAUUGUACAAACA